UAAUAAUUGACUCUUAUCUGUAGAUAAAGCGCUCAGUGAACUGUUAUUUAGAAUUCUUUGGUGCGGUGCAUUGCACCGUUCUGUUUCCAUUUAUCUGGACCGCCGUGCUCGUUCCAUUCUACAGUAGUUAUAAGAAUAUGGUUGACCGAGUAGCCAAGUAAUCCUCCAAAUGGAUCGUCUAAUAUUUAAGCUGCUAUUCAUUGGGGACUCUGGAGCGGGCAAAACCAGCAUUAUAUUACGAUAUGCGGAUGAUUGUUUCAGUAGUAAUGCCGUUUCUAACGUGGGAAUCGACUUCAAGAUCAAAACCAUUGAAAUAAAAGGACGCAAAGUCAAACUACAGAUUUGGGAUACCGCUGGUCAGGAACGCUUCCAUGCCAUAGCGUAUCCCUAUUAUCGUGGAGCAAUGGGGAUUAUUCUUGUUUAUGACGUUACCAACCGCAGAUCAUUUGAAAAUCUUUCCACCUGGAUGCGAAACAUUGACGAGCACGCUAGCGAAAAAGUCGAAAAAAUCCUACUAGGCAACAAGUGUGAUAUGGAAGCGCAACGUGUCGUCAGUCGCCAAGAGGGCGAAGCCGUUGCCCGCCAGCACGGUAUACCUUUCCUGGAGACCAGCGCCAAAAACAACAUCAAUAUCGACCUGGCAUUCCACAAUCUCACCGAAACCAUACUUCUCGACAUUGCUCUUGAGCGAUUAACUGCCAAGGCUGAAGCAGCUAAAGAGGUAAAGCGACUGACAGCCGCGACGGACGCUGAUUCGAAAUGGUCGAGUUGGUGCUGUUAUUCGUGAAUCGUUUGUCAUGUACAUAUUACCGGUAGCUACUGAUUUUCAUUUUUGUCUACCUUUCGUUUACCCUUGUGCCGUGGCAAUAAUAACAGAAAAUGAUAAAACGAUAGCGCGUGCAUGAUGUGCAAAAUUGUAAACUCUGCGUAUUUUUGUACUUUAAUUGGCGGUAUGUAAAGGUCACAAUUUUUCUACCCUAGUAACGAUGUACUCCAGGUAUUAAUUCUAAUAAAGGUUGUUGACAUUAUUGA